CUCAGAGAUCAGGAGUCAGAGGUUCAGGGGUUAACGUGUCAGUGGACACUGCUUACAGGGUCCCCUUCCUUGCUGUAGGUUAAGGGGGCUGGCAUACAAUGUUUGAGAAGGUAACCAUGCUGAAUGUGCAGAGCAGUUCAAACUGGAAUGCAUCCAGUGACUGGUACCAUCAGCAGAACCCCGUACCAACCCAGCAUGGCACAGAGGACUGCCUGGUGUCCUCGGAUACAGGGACUGGAGCAGGAGGAGGAAGAGUGCAGGUAGAUGAAGGUGAGGAGACACAGCUGCGGCUCCAGCUGAAGAGGAAGCUGCAGAGGAACCGAACCAGCUUCACUCAGGAGCAGAUUGAAGCUCUCGAAAAAGAGUUUGAGAGGACACAUUACCCUGAUGUCUUUGCCAGAGAGCGACUUGCUAACAAAAUCGACCUGCCAGAGGCACGGAUACAAGUGUGGUUUUCAAACCGAAGAGCCAAAUGGAGGCGUGAGGAAAAACUGCGGAACCAGAGGAAAUGCAUGGGUGGGACUUCCUGCAUCCAAACACACACUCCGCUGACCACCUCCUUUAACGCAACAGUCUAUCAACAGCAUCAUGGCAACAGCCCAGGCUCCAUUCUCAAUCAAAGCGAGACAACUCUCCCUAGUUACAGUUCCCUGUCUGUAUAUUCAGGAGUCCAGCCAGGCCCUCCUCAGACUGCCCCAUCAUAUCCAUGCAUGCUCCCUCCCUCUCCCUCCGCACCUCACUCCUUUGAACCCUCAUCAUACCCUUCUCCCCACCUCCCUGCCCCGCCCACAGCCAGCAGCAGCACCGGUUUGAUCUCUCCCGUGGUCUCAGUACCCGUCCAGGUCCCAGGGAACGAACAAGGCAUGGGCCAGAACCUGGGUCAGUACUGGGCCCAACUGCAAUGA